GACCGACCCAACCCCCUUUUCCUCCGGCAGACUGACGAGCCGGCGAGCGGCGGGACGGCCAGGCAGCGACGACCCGCAGCUGCAGCCCUGACCGGAGGACUUCCACCGACGGAGAAGGUGUGACACUGUGCUGAGUCCCCUCAGUGUGUGCAGCAGCACCAUGGCAGCUACGGGACCCGAGGCCAGAGCUGGAGCAGAGCCAGGCGGGACGGCAGCCUGCUUCUCUACAACGACGCAGGGCAGCAACGGGCCCGGCGUGCAGCACGCUCUGGUAUAUACACAGAGCUGUGUCCAGGCUGAGAGUGGACGUUACAAGAGCAACCGGGCUGCUUCGCUGCAAAAUAUGGGAGCCGCAGUGCACCUCAGCAACAGAGAGGCUCCAUACAGCUUCCGCAGCCCAGAGUCGGUAGAGAUGGAUGAGAUCAUGGCGGCCAUGGUUCUGACCAGUCUGUCCUGCAGCCCCGUGGUUCAGAGCUCAUCACAAACAGAUCCUGGACCAGCUGGCUCGUCGUCCUCAUCUGCUGACAUGGAAUGCGGUGGAGGCGAGCUCUCUGACAGUGGCAGCAGCGGCUACUGGAGCUGGGACCACGGCAACGUGAGCCCCGCGCCCUCUCCGUCCGUCACCGAGAUGGACAGCAGCCCCGACGAAGGCCUGCACAUGGAGCUGGAGCAGGGAGAGGAGCUCACUGCCAAAAAGCCAAAGAGCUCCGUCAGAAGUGUGUACAAAUGCCUGUGGCCCAGUUGCGGCAAAGUUCUCACGUCUUCAGUCGGAAUAAAAAGACACAUCCGUGUGCUGCAUCUGGGCAGUGGGUCAGACCAAUCCCAGCGAGAGGAGGACUUCUACUACACUAAGAUAUCCUGUGAGACCGUUGAUGCCAGCUCCGGCCCAGCUCCGGCCCAGCAGGCUCUGGGCCAGGCCUCGUCCUCUCAUCUCAGCUGGGCGUCCUGUGGUUCUCCUCCAGGCGCAGAGCUCCAGAUCCCCCCGGCUCACAGGCCCAGGUCCAAUUCCAGCUCUGGGCCAGGCCUGAGCAGGCCCAGUCAGCUCAGCCAGUCGGCCCCCAGCAGCUUUUGGCAGAUUCACUCAGAGCAUCUCUAUCAGGCCUGCAGCCCUGUCCAGAUAUCGGUGGCCCCCAGAAGCCCUGGCAGUCACGGUUGGACCCCCUCCACCUCUGGCCCUGGCCACAGUAACACUCCGAUGGUGAAACCUCGCUGCCGAUCCGUCAGCGUCGGGGAACAGUGGCUCCAGCAGAACAGGCUGCAGCCAAUGAGUGUGUCGCCCUCCCGCACUCACUGCUCCUUCAGGAAGGGCCGCGGGGAGGCCAAGAAGUGCCGCAAGGUGUACGGAGUGGAGCACAAGGAUCAGUGGUGCACUGCCUGCCGCUGGAAAAAAGCCUGCCAGCGCUUCCCGGACUAGAGGCGGCUCGGCGGCGGUGAGAGAAAGAGCGUGCGAGACGUGGACGGAUGGAUGCGUGGCAACAGAGACUUUUAUCUAAAAGAGAAUAUAAAUCAGGGCCUGAGAGCCAUCAGUUGUUUUACUUGGUUUUUUUUUUUCCUUUCUUUUUUUCCUUUCAGCCUAUUUUGUUUCUUUCCUAAAGGAAUGCUAAUGGACUUUUCUGUAUCUUUGUAUCUUUAUCCUGAAAACUGAAGUCUGCGAUGGUGCUAACUGUUGACUGACUUUGACCAUGUGAUGUGCUAAGCCUACAAUACUCUCCUACUUUAUCCAAAGGUCAUAUUACUACUCCUGUAGCUCCACUGUAUUAGACCUGGCUGUUUUCGUUAUUCCAAUCCUCUCUUCCAGUGGUUACACAGUGGUUAUGAUGUACAUUAUAUUGUGUGCUUUGAGUUAUGUACGAGUAUUUUGUACCUUUUUUUUUUUUUAAUCGUCUGGUUCAGCCCAGGAAUUGGGCAAUUUUUUUUAAUUAUUUUCAUGUUUUUUGGCACUUUGUUGGAAUAUAAACUCACGAGAAUAAGCUAAAAGUUCUUUCCAUGGAAAUGGAUUUCCUUCCUGCCCGUGUGUUGGCAUACGACCAGUGUUAAUGGUUCUGUUCCUUAAAGCCGUGGAGUCACGGCAAUGGGACGAGUGUUAGAAUGAGUUUGCAAUAGCAAUAAAAAAAAAAAAGAGAGGAAAUAUAUUGUCAGACACAUUAAAACA